UCUCACUGCAACAUUUUAACGGGAACUACGUCUGUAGAACCUACAUACAUUGAGAUCGAAUAAAGAUUUCUAAAUAUUAAAUAACGAAAAAUUAGUAUUAUAAAAUAUGUCAGAUCCAGAACUUGAAGCAAUAAGGCAACAACGGUUAGCUCAGUUGCAAUCGCAAUAUAAGGGUAACAAUGUGGGGAAUAAACAAGCAAUGGAAGAAAAAAUGCAACAAAUGGAAGACAUGAGGAAUUCUAUUCUUAGCCAAGUAUUAGAUCAGUCAGCUAGAGCAAGAUUGAACACAUUGUCUCUUGGGAAACCCGAAAAGGGAAAAAUGGUAGAAGAUAUAAUAUUAAGCAUGGCUCAACGAGGCCAAUUACGUGGUAAAUUAGAUGAAAAUGAACUCAUCAAUUUACUUGAAAGUGUAAAUCAACAAACGCAACGAAAGACUGUUGUGAAGUUUGACAGACGAAGAGCAGCACUGGAUUCUGAUGAUGAUUUGUAGCACCUACAUAUAUUUAUGUGGCUUGUCAAACAUCAACAUUACAUUCUUUGUUUAAUUUUUAAACAAGAAUUAAGAUUACAAUACA